AUGGCUGGAGAUCCCAAGAGUAGCAAUGCCGCGAGCAAUAUGAAAGGUGGUGGUCAAUAUAACCUUCAUAUGGAGAAUUUUCACAUCGAUAUCUUACAAAACAUACUUUCUCGCUUAUCAUUCGGAGAAGCUUUAUAUGCUAGGCGAGUAUGCAAAACUUGGAAAACACUCGUUGUUGAUAGAUGGUGUAUUAAGCCUGGUUUCCUUUUCGUGUUCAAUGGGCUUGUAAAGACCGAACUCAACAUCUGCUAUGGAGAACGGUAUGAUGAUGACGGUGAUAUCAUUGACGAUACCGGUCAUGUUAACAAGAUGAAUUACUACUAUACUCAUGAAACACUCACAAGGGUCGAACAUGAAAGCUUGUUUAAUUUUAUUGAUUGCAAGAUUACUAUCCUUGUUGGAUCAUGCAACGGUUUGGUUUGUUUCAAAAGAUAUAGACAUGGCAAUCCAUUCUUGAUUAUCAAUCCUUUAACAGAAGAAACUUUUUUUCUUCCGGAUAUUGAUUACACGAGCCCCUUGGAUACUAUAAAGAUAUCCUGGGGCCUGGCAGAACGCGUAGUAUGUGGGUUUGGUUAUUGUCAGUCGACCAACGAUUACAAGGUUGUUAAAAUUUGUUACGAUAAUGGCCUAGUGAAGCAAGGUCAAGUCCAAGUGUUAACUAUUGGCACUGAUAAGUGGAGAAGCUUAGGAUCUACUGAUCACAGGUUGGGUUCAAUCUCCUACUCGGAAUCAUUCCCUGGUAUCUUUGCCAAUGGAGCAAUUCAUUGGAUUGACCAAAUAGAGUAUAAAGUCGUCGCCUUCGAUUUAGAAGAUGAGAAGUUCCGAGUGUUCACAUUACCGCUGGACGACGUUGAUGCAGAUAUAAUACUUAGUUUGUUGGGAGGAAAUUUGUGUUUGGUUCAUGUUGAGCUUGGCAGUGAACAUCCUUUCAUGGACAUAUGGGCUUAUAAGCAAAAUAAUGAUAACAGCAGUGAUACUAAUACUACCAUCAUCGAGGAAGGGCAUGGCACGAAACGCGACUACUAUAACAACUCGUGGAAUUGGACGAAAGAGUUUCAUAUAGAAUGUGAAGAUGAUUCUUACGAGCCAUUCGCGAUUACUAAGAGCAAUUUAGUUCUAAUGUGGAACCAUAGUCGCAUUCUUCAUUGUUAUGACCCUAAAACUUCAACCAUAUAUAAACUCUGGGAUAGUGUAAACGUUAUGGGCCUCGGGUACAUUGACGCAGUUCCUUACACUACUAGUGGUGUUUCUUUGAAAGAUCAUAUCGAGGAAAAAAAAAGGCCCAAAUGA